AUGGAACAUGAAAACCUUCCCCUGAGUUGCGUAACUGCAGUAAGUAGUCGCGAGUGUUGCAACAGUUCUCAGGGGACGUGGGUGGCACCUAAUGGAGUCAACGUGACCACUGAUAUGAACAGCAGUGUCUAUCAAGUCUAUAACAGCAGUAGAAUUGAUCUUUAUGUGACAUCAGAUGGAGUAAUGUCUGGUAUGUAUCGAUGCGAAAUUCUGUCUAGCAAUAAUAAUGUAGAGCUGGAAUCUUAUUUUGUUGGACUACUUAUCCAAGGAGCAUUGGGUAAAAUGAAUGUGACACAAAAUGGACUGAACAGUGUUGAGGCCAACUGGGUUUAUGGUGUUCAUGGCAACAUCAACUACCAAAGAGCCGGCACAAACAUAAUAUACAAUGAGACUAUUAGUUUCAGUGACAUCACAACUCAGCUGUAUGGAUUAUUGGAGGGGGAAACUUACUCCAUUUACAUUGAAGAACUUGAUGACUACGACUAUUAUAGUACCGUGAAAGCUGCAGCUAUCAUAUUCAUAGAGCCAGCAAGUAUAUCAGUCAGUUCGCCUCCUUCUUUCCCUCUCUUGGUUGGAGAGACAGUCAACCUCACCUGCUCUGUCACUCUACCAAGUGGUGUGACUGGUAUUCCAGUGUUCCAGUGGGAGGGACCUAGUGGAGUGGCCACCCUUAACUGGACCCAGCCCACAUUUGGAGAGAUGGAAGUGUUCAGUGAACUAACCAUCAGCCAGAUAGAACCGGCUCAUGUUGGAGAAUAUGUCUGCACAGCAUACCUCGGUGGUGAUGUCAGCAACACUACCACCAUCCCACCUCUUCGUGUUGCCCUCAGUGAUGUGGUCAUUACUCAUGAUCCAUCUGGUACACUGUAUUCUGGUACUAGCGUCACUCUUACAUGUACGGCGACACUAAAUUAUGGUGUGGACUACGACGGAGUGGCUGUCAACAUCUCCUGGGGUGGAAUAUCUCCAACUCUUCGAUACUCAAUCACUGAUGCAGUAGAAGGGCCCGAUGACUGGUGCUCUUCCAGUCUUACCAUCGAUCCUCUGGCCUACCAAGACAGCGGCACAUCUGCUUGCACUGUAACAGUCAGUGGAGAAAAAGUUCAACCGGCUAAUAGAACUUCCUACCGCUACCUUAAGAUAGUCCCAAAGGCUGUUGUCAGUGCAGUGUACAAUCCAGAGCCAGGGGGAGACCCCAACCAAUUGGGGCCUAAUGAGUUCACAGCAGGCAGUGUUCUUACCCUCAACUGUACACUGGGGGGAGGGAGUGGAGAUACUGAUCAACACUACGAGUGGUCCAUGACAAGGAACGAUGGUUCUCAGAGCUGUCCCAGCUGCACUGAAUCAGUUACAUCAUCGAUGCUAACACUGAUACUCUAUUCGUACACUGCGGGGAACUACACAUGCACUACCAGUGACUGGGCCACAAGUCAAAACUUCACUGUUACUGUAGUAGGUGCUGCAAUGUAUGGAUCUGGAAUACGUGACCGCAGUCUGAUAGCCAACAAUGGAAUGAUAAUCAGUGGGAGAGAGGGCCUGAGACUAGAGUGUGUCUCCAACUCCAGUCAGAGUGGACUGGGAACUGUCACCACACCGGCUGGACACACCCUGUCUCCCGGGGAUACCACAGACAGCUGGAGCCUCUCUCCUCCUUCACAUACACCUGGACUGCUCUCCCUCAUCACCUCAGCACCCAUCACACCUUCACAGCAAGGCAUCUACACCUGCUCCCUCCCUGACAGUAACGGAAAUGAUAUAGAACUCAAUGUUGCAAUAUAUCCUAAUGGAUUUUAUGCUACUAGUGUCACUUGGAUGAAAGACGGACAACCUCUCAAUACUGACAGAUCAUCCAACUAUACCUUCUCUCAGGAAAUCAGUGACAGGGCAGAUUCAGUCUACACCAAUGUUCUGAUAGUCAGUAGGAUGACCACUGGGAACUACACCUGUAUUGUAGCUAAUGACAUGGGGUCUACCUCUAGAAAUAUCGUUGUGGAUACAGAAUGUGAAGCUGGUAAUUUCACAGCUGAGGCAGGAGAGAGACAAGUGACCUUCUCCUGGUGUCCUCCCGACGACUCCAACUGCACCACCCACACCCCGUCCUUCAACAUCUCCUGCUACCCCCCUCCCUCCUCUCCCUCUUCUCCCUCUCCACUGACUACUGUCAUCCAUGAGCAAAGCAUACAAACCCUGGCUGGAUUCUCUCCAAACACCAACUAUAGUUGCUCAAUAGGGAGAGACGGAAAUUUCAUUGCUAGUACCUCAUUUAACACUGAUGAAGAUUACUCACAGAUAAGCAUUGCAGUGUUUCUGAAUAAAGAUAAUUAUAGCUGCUCUAUGAUUCUUGAAAUAAGUAAGGACGAGAUACAACUCAUGAUUACAGACCAAGUCGUGGAGAAGCUGAAGACAGUCUGCCCUGACUGCAGCCGUGCAAACCUUGACAACCCACAAAUUGUCUGCAAUAGAAGCGUCCCUCCACUUGCAACCUACCGAGCAAGACUGGGAGGAACUCAGAAACAUGACAGUGAUAAUCUUGCAGAUCUACUGGAGAAAUGGGCAGAGAAAGGACUCAAUGUCUCGCUGGGCGAAGAGCCUUCUCCGUCUCAGUCCACCGGUGAACCAGUGUGGCGAGCCCUAGGGUUUGCAGCGGGUCUGUUUUCCCUGGCGAUGGCCAUUGUAACCUCUCUGGCUGUUUGGAGAUGCCGAAGAGCGGCUAAGAGGAAAAGAAAGGCAAACACUGAAAAAGCCGUGUCAUCAUCACCAGCCCAACCGUCAGCUGGUAGGAGACUGCCUCUCACUGGGAUCACCGCUGAUCCCAAUGCUGCCUACUUCGAGAUAUCGGGUGAAAAAGGAGGACCCCUCCAAUUACAGGAAUCGGAGCCUCUCUACGAUACAGUGGACUACUCAACAGUAUGCAGCAACAGAGCCACGAGACGUGUUCACAAAUCACUUCCUCGUUAUGCAGCUAAUAAUAAGGCACCUCAUCUCCCUCCUAGUCAUCCGAGCCAGUCGCAGUCCCUCCCCGAAGGCAAUGUAGCUCCGCCCACUGCAAAAGAGGCUCCGCCGACCCGGAGGACUCACCGAUGGGGAACCGCCCCCCUGCCCCCCUUCCUGAAGAUGCCAGAGAGUCAGAUGAAGACGAAGAUGCUUGCGUUUGAGAAAAUUAGAGUCUUAAUAUUGUCAUGUGACAUGAAAAGAAAGUCACAUGACCAAAGCAGGAAGUCCCACAUUACGACACAGUACUGCAACCAAUUGACAUCUACUGAGAGAAAGAGUGUUGCCAUAGAUACAGACGGUAACGGAAACAACAGCCCCAUAAUUACGCCUCAUUACGAUAAGCUUGGUACCAUAACAACCGACGUUGCCGUGACGACUCCCAGAGGGGCAGAAGACGGAGUAAACAGUGGCAGUCCGAGAGACGGCUCUCCCACUAUCAACACCAGAGGGAACACUGCAUACCUGCCAGUGGCCCCAAGGGAUGGGAGAGACCGCAAGUACGUCGAGAUGCCAAGUCGACAAAAACCAGAACCCCAACCGUCAGCUGGUAGGAGACUGCCUCUCACUGGGAUCACCACUACUCCCAACGCUGCCUACUUCGAGAUAUCGGUGGACAGUCUGCAGUAUAGUGCAACUCUUCCAUCGCGACCAAUGGAUCCCCUCUACGAGAGUGUGGGCGACUUUACACUGUGGAAAGACAGAGCCAGGAGAGGUGUUCAACAACUCCUUAAAUCACUUCCUCGUUAUGCAGCUCCACAAGCUAAUAAUAAGCCACCUCAUCUACCUCCUAGUCAUCCGAGUCGGUCGCAGUCCCUCCCCCGAGGCAAUGUAGCUCCGCCCACUGCCAAAGAGGCCCCGCCCACCGCAAAAGAUGCUCCGCCCGACCCGGAGGACUCACCAAUGGGGAACCGCCCCCCUGCCCCCCUACCUGAGGAGGCCAGAGAGUCAGAUGAAGAUGACGAUGAUUACGUUUAUGAGAGAGUUGUAAACAAUGACUAAACAAGUUCACAAAAGUAACUAUUUACUUACAAUAUGUACUUAUUUUCCACUGUACACAUUGUCACACAUCCAC